UUUCUUGUUCGUAACAUGGUAACCAAAGUAAACAAACUGAUUGACAAACUACCAUUUCGUGUCAAGCUUGGCUACAGUGCGGUUAUGGCAAACAUCAUAGGAUUCGUAGGCAUUGGGGUAUCUGGAGUGGCCCUUCUUUUUGCUAUUAUAGCAUUGGCGGCCGACAAAUGGGAAACAUCCGAGGUCACAAUUUUAACAACCACUAUUGAAACUAAGAUCGGUUUGUGGAAAAUAUGCACCGAAGGUUCUGGAUCAGAGAGCUGUACCAAUAUUGCUGAUUUUUCUUCAGUCACAGACGAGCAAAAAAAUUCUGCCAAUGCAUGCAAGGCAAUGAUAUUUUUGGCUAUAUUCGGAAUAACAGGAGCUAUUGUGUGUGCAGUGCUUGUGAUGUUUGUAAUGAAGGAUCAACAGAUGCUACUCUUUGCAGCUGGAGGCUUGAAUUUCGCGUCCGGAUUUUUCUUGAUGAUUGCUAUGGCAGUGUAUGCUGAUAAAAUCAAAUCAAGCGGAUCAGAUUAUGAUUACGGGUUUGCCCUGGACAUAAUUGCUUGGCUAGCGGCAUGGGCAGCAGGUGGAAUUCUCAUCGCCUCAAAGUUUUUGAAUAAAGAGUAAUAAUAAAAAACAAUAAACGACAAAUGUUAGAGUAUUAAAAAUCAUCAACUCUUCUCAACAAAUAGAAUAACAAAUCUAGAGUUUUUAUAUAAUUAUAUGUACAUGUAUAUU